UUAGUAGACAAAGAGCAAAGAGCAGCACAUAAAAAGGGCAGUUAAAAUGUCAUGACACAAUACUGUAAACUGGACAAAUAUCUAACCUUUUUCUCUGUGUCUAUUUUUAAGUCGGAUGCUACGUUACCUAAUUCCCUCCAACCACACACUCGCGAGACUGUGCGAGGAGGGCACAAGUUGGAGGAAACAUGGCGACGUCUAAUUUGUUAAAGAAUAAAGGCUCCUUGCAGUUUGAGGACAAGUGGGACUUGAUGAGGCCCAUCGUCCUCAAGUUGCUGAGACAGGAGGCUGUCACCAAGCAGCAGUGGUUCGACCUCUUCUCAGAUGUCCAUGCUGUGUGUCUGUGGGAUGAUAAGGGCCCAGCUAAGAUCCACCAGGCCCUCAAAGAAGACAUCCUAGACUUCAUCAAACAAGCUCAGAACCGUGUGUUGAGUCACCAGGAUGACACAGCAUUACUAAAGGCCUACAUUGUGGAGUGGAGGAAGUUUUUCACGCAGUGUGACAUCCUGCCCAAACCCUUCUGUCAGCUGGAGAUCACACUGAUGGGGAAGCAGGGCAGCAACAAGAAGUCUAACGUUGAGGACAGCAUCGUACGCAAGUUGAUGUUGGACACAUGGAAUGAGUCGAUCUUCUCCAACAUAAAGAGCCGUCUUCAGGACAGUGCUAUGAAGCUGGUUCACGCUGAGAGGCUGGGAGAGGCUUUUGACUCACAGCUGGUUAUAGGAGUAAGAGAAUCAUACGUCAACCUGUGCUCUAACCCUGAAGACAAGCUCCAGAUCUACAGAGAUAACUUUGAGAAGGCCUACCUGGACUCAACCGAGAGGUUCUACAGAACACAGGCCCCAUCAUACCUACAGCAGAACGGAGUCCAGAACUACAUGAAAUAUGCAGACACAAAGCUAAGAGAAGAGGAAAAGAGGGCAGUUCGAUACCUUGAGACUCGUCGUGAAUGUAACUCUGUCCAAGCACUGAUGGAAUGUUGUGUGAACUCUCUGGUGACGUCGUUUAAAGAAACCAUCCUGGCCGAAUGCCCCGGCAUGAUCAAACGCAACGAGACAGACAAGCUCCACUUGAUGUUUUCCCUGAUGGAUAAAGUUCCUAGUGGGAUAGAGCCCAUGCUGAAAGACCUGGAGGAUCACAUCAUGAAUGCUGGGCUGGCUGAUAUGGUGGCUGCUGCAGAGACUAUCACUUCUGACUCUGAGAAGUAUGUGGAGCAGCUGCUGACGUUGUUUAACCGUUUCAGUAAACUGGUGAAGGAGGCUUUUCAGGACGACCCUCGAUUCCUCACCGCCAGAGACAAGGCCUACAAAGCUGUGGUGAACGAUGCCACCAUCUUUAAACUAGAGCUGCCCCUCAAACAGAAAGGGGUAGGUCUGAAGACCCAGCCUGAGUCGAAGUGUCCAGAGCUGCUAGCUAACUACUGUGACAUGCUGCUGAGGAAAACCACCCUAAGCAAGAAACUCACGUCAGAGGAGAUAGAACUCAAACUCAAAGAAGUGUUGCUGGUAUUGAAGUAUGUUCAGAAUAAAGAUGUGUUUAUGAGGUACCAUAAAGCCCACCUGACCAGAAGACUGAUCCUGGACAUCUCAGCCGACAGCGAGAUAGAAGAGAACAUGGUGGAGUGGCUCAGGGAGGUGGGGAUGCCUGCAGACUAUGUGAAUAAGCUGGCCAGGAUGUUCCAGGACAUUAAAGUAUCGGAUGAUCUCAACCAGGUCUUCAAGGAGAUGCACAAACACAACAAGCUGGCUUUGCCAGCUGACAGUGUGAAUAUAAAGAUCCUGAAUGCGGGGGCGUGGUCGAGGAGCAGUGAGAAGGUGUUUGUGUCUCUGCCUACUGAGCUGGAGGAUCUGAUCCCAGAGGUAGAAGACUUCUACAAGAGGAACCACAGCGGGAGGAAACUACACUGGCACCACCUCAUGUCCAAUGGCAUCAUCACCUUCAAGAACGAAAUGGGUCAUUAUGACCUGGAGGUCACGACCUUUCAGCUGGCUGUCCUAUUCGCCUGGAACCAGCGGCCGCGGGAGAGAAUCAGCUUCGAGAACCUUAAAUUGGCCACCGAGCUGCCCGAUGCUGAGCUACGACGCACACUCUGGUCUCUGGUAGCGUUCCCUAAGCUGAAGAGACAGGUGUUGUCCUAUGAGCCUUCAGUCUCCUCCCCUAAAGACUUCACAGACAGCACCCUGUUCUACGUCAACCAGGACUUCUCUCUCAUUAAAAACUCCAAGGUCCAGAAAAGAGGCAAGAUUAAUCUGAUUGGUCGACUGCAGCUGACCACGGAGCGAAUGAGAGAGGAGGAGAACGAGGGCAUCGUCCAGCUGAGAAUAUUAAGAACCCAGGAGGCCAUCAUCCAGAUUAUGAAGAUGAGGAAGAGGAUCAGUAAUGCCCAGCUACAGACAGAGCUGGUAGAGAUCCUCAAGAACAUGUUCCUGCCCCAGAAAAAGAUGAUCAAGGAACAGAUCGAGUGGCUCAUCGAACACAAAUACAUAAAACGGGACGAGACGGACAUCAACACCUUUAUCUACAUGGCAUAGAACCCCUUACCUGGACUGGAACCACCUACCUACCGCUAGACCUGGCUGGACCCUCGCUGCUGCAGGAGGAAGAGGAAAUGCAGGAAGAGGAGGAGGGACCAGUGGUUGUUUCAGAAGAAGAGGAAGGAGAAUGUCUCUCUGCGGCCGAGAGGGGGCGGGGGGUGGCGGUUGGUUGGUUGGUUGGUUGUAUGAGAUAGAUGGUGUAGUCUUCAGACUGUGGUGCGGACAGGAGGACAGUGGGGCUGACUGACUGACAGUCUCAGUAUCAGAGUAGAGACAUUAUUAAAUAAAUAAAAUCUCCCUGCCUUACCCUCCUUACGCAGUCCGCACAGAGACAGACACAGACAGACAGACAGGAGGACUAACGGACUAGUAGUCUAUAUCAUUAUGGAGUGGACACGGAGAGGAGUGUAUUUUGCCAAAUGUACCUUGUGUGUGUGUGUGUGUGUGUAUAUGUGUGGCUGCACCUUGACAGCUUGCUGCUCUGUGGAAGUCUUGCAAUCAUCUGAGGUCCCGUCACGUGUGUGUGUGCACAUGUCUCACGUUUUCCUUUAUCUCCAUCCCCCCAACAGCCACACCCCUCAGAGAGGAUCAUGACUCCUCACAUAUCAGCCAAUCGCUGGGUGAGAACAAACGAGAACAUCAGCACUUUUCUGUGUUUGAAUGGCUUUAUACUGUAUAUCAAUUUACUUCUCCUUUUCAAUGCUCAUCUUUAUUUUUGUGAACACUUGUGUGUUGUUGUGUGUAUCGUUUGUUAAAUGCUGCACAGCGUCGUCCAAUCGAUCGAAGUCACAAAGCUCUCUAGCGAUCUUUGAUUCUCCUCUUCUUUCUCGCUCUCCCCCUACCCAUAGCCAGUGCAGGACAGGACAUGACAGGUGUAUUGUUGUCAUACCAUGAGGGGGUGUCAUGACUGUUCAUGACCCAGGUUUCUUCCCAAAUGCCACCCUAUUCCAUAGGUACUGCAUUACUUUUGACCAGAGCCCUAUGGGGGCAAAAAGUAGUUUCAAUUCCCUAUAAAGCGAAAAGUAGUUUAUAUUCCCUGUAUAGGAAAAAGUAGUUUAUAUUCCCUACUAAAGGAAAAGUAGUUGAUAUCUCCUAUAUACGGAAGAGGGUGCCCCAGUAAAAUCCCUCCAGUGCAAUAGCUAGAUAGCCCUUCCUACUAGAGCACUUCCUGUGGUGAGAGGUCAUGUUGCUAAAGCAACGGCACUGCAGUGUUGCUAUUAAUGUACCCUACCCAAUGCCUUUUACAGAAGACUGUGUGUUGCAGUAUGAAAUGAGUGCGGAGGGGUGAGGAUGGAAGAAGAAGAAAAGUGUUGGGGCCGUGUGGGGCUGACUUAUUUAUUUAUUUCAUUUGUAUCAGAAUGUGGUUUGUUUGUAUGCGAGUGUUUGAUAAAUAGGUCUGGUCUGUAGCAGGCUACUAGGUGUACAUAGCCACUUAUUGAUUUGGAGUAAUGGUACAUGAUGAAAUGUAUGAGACAACUUAAUAACACUAUCCCUAUUUUACUCUUUUUUAGUUUGAGUUUUACUCUUGGCAUUGGGAUAAUAUUGUAGUGUGGGAUAUUAAAGUGCGCCCCAAAUGGCACCCUAUUCCCUAUAGGGCCUAUAGGGCUCUGGUCAAAAGUUGGGCACUAUGUAGGGAAUAUGGUGCCAUUUGGGAUGCAACCUAGGUGGCAAUUUCCUAUUUUCUCUCACUCUGAUUUGAAUGCAACCACAUUGGAAUCAAUUUAGACACCUCAAGACAAAGUUAUUGUCAGAUGAUGGAAACGUUACUUGGGAUUUAGCAGUUAUGAAUUGUUUGGUCAUGGCUUUACUUCAUCCUACCAUGUUUAAUUCAUACACACUACAUACCUACGCAGCACCGUAUAGUCCACCGUUCUACAGUGGAGGACACCUAUGAGAAACACACGUACACACACUGACUAUUGUCAAAACAGUUAAUAGUUUAUUCUACCAGGUAAUGUAAUGUGUGGAUAACUCUACUACCUGUCAACUGUUGGCAAUAAGAGGCUCUCCUCCACGUGAGCUAGUUACAUUUCUCAACCGACUGACUAGUUAAACUUUUUGAACAGUUACUCUGAAGGAUAUCUAUCACUUUGUGAAUAAAUAGUGUGUGUUUAUCAUCAUUGACAGUUUAUGCAGUUAUAUCGUCCACUGAAUGACAUUGUGUCCAGCAGGCAGACAGGUUUUAGUAACAUUGUUAUUUUUCAUGUAUUCCUUCCCUGGAAUCUGACAUUAAUGGUUACGCAUCACUGCUGUAGUUGUUGCAUCAAAACAACCUGGAGAAGAAGUGUGUCCCAAAUGACACCCUAUUUACUAUUUAGUGCACUACUUUUGAGCAAGGCCCAUAGGACUUUGGUCAAAAGUAGUGCAGUAUAUAAGGAAUAAGGUGUCAUUUGGGACGUAGGCAAAGUGUUAUUACAUUCUAGUAAUUUAGCAGAUGCUCUUAUCCAGAGCGACUUACAAUUAGUGCAUUCUUCUUAAGAUAUGUUAUCAGAGUAAUGUACUUAAUGUAACUCACUCUGAUACAUUUAGCUAUUCUCUAGAUUUGAGCCAUGUUCAACAAUGUUUUAAGAUGACACAACUUAGGUCACUUUAUGAGUAAAAACAAAUGAACAGUAUUAAACUAUGACUUAAACUCAAUAUUUGUAACAACUCAUGUUUUUCUCUCUGCACAGAAAUGUCAGAUAGAGCAGCUCUUAUUGUGUUAAGAGACUAGACUGACAUCUUGCUUCAGUUUAAUGUGUUUGUGUGUUUGUGAUGAUGAUGAUUGUAGACAGAUGGGUAAUCCUAAAACAUGUAUCUCUCUCCCUCCCUCUUCCACUCCUUCUCUACUUGCAUAUCUGGAGCCUUAAGUGAAAACUUGAAAAACUAGGUUUUAUCGAUCAUAACAUUGCCAGAUGAAUGUGUGUCCCUACUUUGAGUAAAGAUCUAAUGCUGUAAAUUGUUUGAAUGGGAGUAUCAGGCUCAACUACUUUGAUGUGCUGCAUUAUUCUUUUUUGUUUUGUUUGUGACUUUUUGCUCAUUUUUUUUUGUAUAAUUUAUUUCCUGGCAAAUAUAAACUGUACUGUAAAGAGAGAGUCAGUCAUCUCCACUGCUCUUGG